AUGAACAGGUCGACUGUAGGGCAUUUCAAUACUACCCAUCUCACCGGUUCCGACUCCGAGACAUACGUCAGCGCGGUUCAAGCUGUGUUCCACGCCCAGCAAGAAGACACCAUUGGCCUCUUCAGCAUCAUCUAUCAUCCCCCACGAGGCGCCGAUAUCUAUGCCCCAAGCAUGCCGUCAUUACGGCACUCCGCGACGCUCAUCGCCCUGCGUCAAGAGAUAUGGUCCGUCCUGCUCUACCGACGCCCCUUCCGACUUCCCCUCUACGGCGCCGAAGACUGCUCCCAGUUCGAACCUGACAUGGUCGCCGACGACUUCGACUGGGCCAACCGAAUCCUCGUAUGGUGCGCCUACGUCCUCAAGUUCUGCUUCGGCACGUCUUCCGACAACACCAUCGAUUCCGAAGACCCUAAGUCCCGAGUGGAGCAGUGGAACGCCCUCAAAGCCUUCGAGCACAACUGGGACGAACACCUGCCUCCCCACUAUAAGCCCCUGGCAUACCAAGAACGCAACCCUGAAAAGGGCGAUUACUUCCCCAUCAUUUGGCACGCGAACGACUGCCAGGUGCUGGCGUUGCAACACAUCGAGCUGACGAGGAUCAUGUUGGCGGUGCAUAGCGUGAAGAAUCAGAGAUUGGGCAUCGGCGCACAGGCAGCAAACCAGGCUUUCGAGGAGUUGCUGCGAGAUGCGACACGCAAAAUAUGUGGCCUCGCGCUGUCGAAUCACAGGGACCAGCCUGCGAUGGUGACUGCUGGCGUGGGCAUCUCUUUGUGUGGAGAGUACUUUCACGAUCAGGGCGAGCAGCAGGCCAUUGUAGGGUUCAUGGCGAACCUGGAGAGUUUACACGCAUGGCCUACCAGUUCGGUAGUCGAUGCGUUGAGAACUGCAUGGGGCACAAAGUAA